UGACAAUGACACAACCAUUAAUAAUACCUUAGUAAUUGGCAGCUCUAUAGUGAGGUCCAUUGACCCAAGUAAACUCAUCAACACUGAUGUGGACUGCAUCAGCGGAGGGACUAUUAAAGAUGUCCACAAAAAGCUCACAUCACUUGACAAAUCUUACGACCGCCUAGUUCUCCAAGUUGGGAGCAAUGACACUACGAAAAAGGAUGCCACAGCUCAAAGUGUCAUAAAUGACUAUGAGCUCCUACUCAAAGGAGCAAAACAUGUUUGUGAAGACAUUUGCGUCUCGAGUAUAUGCCCACGUACAGACAAGCCUCUAUCUCAAGAGAUGGCCGAGACGGUCAAUGCUCAACUAGACCAACUCUGUCAGAAGGACCCUAACCUCAUAUUCAGCAAUAAUGAUGUAACUUUCCGUCUUCAAAACAACUCCAUCAAUACUGGUUUCUUAGAUUUUAAAGGCUUGCACUUAACUAAAAGUGGUACUAACAGUUUGGCCCAAAAUAUGAAACUCGUCCCCAAACCAGAUCAUAAAAGUGACAUAACCAAAAUGUUCAACCCUCGUAGGAACCCCAACCAGUCCAUUCCCCAGCGUGAUGCCACUCCAAGCUCUAAGAACGAAAACUGGCAGACUGUAAAAUCUAGAAACUUUAGAAAUCAACGCCCUAACCCCACGACACCCACAAAUAAUAAACCCAAUGUACCCUCGAAACCGGCAUGUUUCUUAUGUGGGGAGACAUCUCACCUGGCCAGCUCAUGUUGGCACCCAAAUGCAGUCACAUGUUACUCCUGCAAUCAAUUAGGGCACAAAUCAUCCCGGUGCAACAAUGGCUCUAGCCCAGCAGGGGACCGAUAGGACACUGGCUACGUAAAAGCCAUAUCCCCGAAGUCUCA